AUGCAGUAUGCGGAAGGGGCCUAUAUAAAAGGCGCAGGCUCGCGCGGACUCUGCACGACGCCUCGCGGAGAAGGCAAGAGCCAUCUAGCAUCGACAGGAACAACCAUGGCCAAGGAGUGGGGCUACGCCAACCACAACGGUGAGUACGGACAGCCACGACCCGGGCCCGGUCAGGGGCCAGGGGAGCCCCUCAGCAUCGCAGGGAGCGGACGACUCUACGGAGUAAGAGGUCCUGACCACUGGCCUGAACUUUUCCCAUUUGCCAAGGGAAACAAGCAGUCACCCAUUGAGCUGCAUACCAAAGACAUCAAGCAUGACCCUACUCUGUCUCCGUGGACGGCAUCUUAUGACCCUGGCUCUGCCAAGACCAUUCUGAACAAUGGGAAAACCUGCAGAGUUGUGUUUGAUGACACUUAUGAUAGGUCAAUGCUGAGGGGUGGCCCUCUCAUUGGAUCCUACCGGCUUCGCCAGUUUCAUCUUCACUGGGGCUCAUCUGAUGAUCACGGCUCUGAGCACAGCGUGGAUGGAGUCAAGUAUGCAGCAGAGCUGCAUUUGGUUCACUGGAAUCCAAAGUAUAACACUUACGGAGGAGCUCUGAAGCAGCCUGAUGGAAUAGCUGUGGUCGGCGUUUUUCUGCAGGUAGGAAGUGAGAAAGGCGAGUUCCAGCUAUUUCUUGAUGCACUGGACAAAAUUAAGACAAAGGGCAAGGAGACACCCUUCACAAACUUCAACCCUUCCUGCCUAUUCCCUGCCUGCCGGGACUACUGGACCUACCAAGGCUCCUUCACCACGCCGCCCUGCGAGGAGUGCAUCGUGUGGCUUUUGCUGAAGGAGCCAAUCACCGUGAGCUCCGACCAGAUGGCCAAGCUGCGGAGCCUCUACUCCAGUCCCGAGAACGAGCCCCCGGUGCCCCUGGUGAGGAACUGGCGCCCUCCACAGCCUCUCAAGGGCAGGAUAGUGAGAGCCUCCUUCAAAUGAGGCCA